AUGGACGAGCUUCUGAACAUCGGGCGAAAGCUCGAGCUCGGCGAGGUCGAGCCGGAGGUGAUGAUCCGCGAGUCCAAGCCGCCCGGCGGGGAGAUCGACUGGGGGGCACGCGCGGAGCGGAAUUCGAAACCUUCGUCGUCCGCGCAGCAGGGUGGAGGGGACGAGGAUCCGGUCCCGCCCGAGGAGUUCUUCGCGUUCCUCCAGCAGUACCACGCGAUGGGUGGGAGCCUUGACCCGGACGAGGCGCCCGAUGAACUGAGGGAGGUGCUCCGGGGCCUCACCGAGGGUGCGGGGGGUAAGGACGCCCUCGCCGCGAUGCUCGCGGGGGGGGGCGCGGGCACGGCCGACGGGUCCGGCUCCGCCGCACCCGGGGGACAACCGCGGGGCGCGGGGCCCGGGCCGUCCGCGCCGAUCCCGGACGAUCGCGAGGAGAUUUACCCUGAGGCGAUGUUCGUCAUCAAGACGGUGGACGACGCCGGGCGCAAGGUCUUCGUCAACGUCUGCGGCCACGCCAAGAUCGCCGCGCCGGGCUCAAAGUGGGGCAAGGGUGACGCCGUCCCGGAGGAGGUGCAGAAGGCGCUGGUGUCGAUGGAGGAGGGCACGAACGAGGGAGUCGAGCACCUCCGCUUCCCCAUCAGCGUCAGCGAGGCCAGGAACGAGCUGGACAAGAGCGGGCACGGAUGCACCGUGUACGACGCCGUGUUCAACGAGGACGUCGCCAAGCAAGCCGCGCACUACAAGCGACUCAAAGUUUUCGUCUGCGAGCUGUGCCUCCAGUGGAUCGGCCAAAAGUACGGCACGAACCUCGAUCCGGACUACAAGCUCCCCAGCCGCAAGUACAUGGGCGGCGAUCGACCGCCGCCGCAGAUGAUUCGCGUCGAGAAGAAGUCGGUCAUCGAAGAUCUCGGCGUAAAGGAGGAGGAGCCAACCUUCGCGCUUCGACCUCGUCCCGUGAAGGAGAUGAAGAAAGUUUGGGAGACGGAGCGGUACAGGGACGCCACGGAGGAGGACCCGAACGAGGGGGUGCACGCCCCCAACGUCGCGGGUAAGCGAAAGGGACCCGUAGGUAAGCCCAAGGGACCCGGGCAGGGACCCGAGGGUGCGCCCGGGGCGAAGGAAAAGACGGGCGGUGAGGAACCGGCGAAGAAAUCGUCGGAGGAAUCAAACCCAGACGCUCCGUCGGAGGAGGAGGCGAAAGCGAUGGUGGCGCAGAUGGAGGGAUACGUGGAUAACUUGGACCCGGACGAGUUCGAGGAUGACGAGUUCCUCCGGAAGCUCCGACGCGAGGACCCGAUCCUCUGGGCGGCGUUCGCCAACUCGGGGUUGAAGCUGGCACCCAAGAUUGAGCACAGGGUGGAGUUCAUCAAGGCCACCGAGGGACCGGAGGAGGGUUUCGUGGUCACCGUGGAGGUGUACAUCAAGGUACCGGAGGAUGUGGACCCGAGGUCGGUGAUGGUGUGGACGGUGGACGAGGGGGUGGAGGUUUUCAUGGACGGGUACCAGGAACUGCACGUCACCCUCCCCUUCUGCGUCGACGAGAGGGAGCACGACGGGGAGUGGUUGGAAGACACGAGGACCAUCAAGUACUCCGCGCCGUAUCUACCGUACGAGGAGAUGGUGCGACGGUGGGAGGAAAAUAAGCCGCACGAGCUCGGCGACAUCCCGGGUUGCCCGGGUUUGUCGAUGUCGUUCCUGGACCUGAACCACAAUUACGAGACCAAGGACAUCAAGGACCUGCCCAAGACGCUGCGCAUCCCCGUGCACGACCCGUGGUGA